AUGGUCCGAACAGUCUACGCAGCCAGCUCUCUCCUGCGCGCAGCGCGCAUCCCGCGACCGUCCAUCCACACCCGCGCGCUCGCUACCGCGUCCUCAUCCAAGCCCGACUUCCGCCAGGCGGUCGCCGACGGGCCCACGCUAGAUGAUUUCAUCGCUGACAACGUCCCUGAUAGAGUGGUGCUCGGGAACACCAGCGCUCGACGCUUGCCGUCCUACCUUAAGACAUCGAUACCGAAGGGCGCAUCCUUCGCUAAGAUAAAGAGUGACUUACGGGGAUUGAAUCUGCAUACUGUCUGUGAGGAGGCGCGAUGCCCGAACAUCGGCGAUUGCUGGGGCGGGAAGGAAGGCGUGACCCCGGAGGAGGGGCGCAGCGCCGCAACAGCGACUAUCAUGUUGAUGGGAGACACAUGUACCAGAGGGUGCAGGUUCUGCUCGGUGAAGACAUCACGGACACCCCCGCCUCUUGAUCCUCACGAGCCGGAGCACACAGCUGAGGCGAUCAGCCGUUGGGGGCUCGGCUACAUUGUGCUCACAAGUGUAGACCGAGAUGACCUUGCUGACGGCGGUGCGCAUCACUUCGCGGAGACGAUCCGGAAAAUCAAACAGAAAGCACCGCAAAUACUUGUCGAAGCACUCACAGGUGACUUCGCAGGCUCCCUACCACUUGUCUCGCUCGUCGCAAAAUCCGGCCUAGAUGUCUACGCGCAUAACAUAGAGACAGUAGAAGCACUUACGCCCUUCGUGCGUGACCGUCGGGCAAAGUUCAGGCAAAGCUUGAGCGUGUUAGAGCACGCCAAGAAAGAGGGGGUACGCAUCACAAAGACGAGCAUCAUGCUUGGAGUGGGCGAGAAUGAAGAUCAGGUAAUGGAUGCGCUACGGGAGCUACGCAAGGUAGACGUGGACGUCGUUACAUUUGGGCAGUACAUGCGGCCUACAAAGCGACACAUGAAAGUCGACCGCUACGUCGAGCCUGCAGAAUUUGAGCGGUGGAAACAGGUAGCAGAAGACAUGGGCUUCCUGUACGUCGCGAGUGGUCCGCUUGUUCGCAGCAGCUACAAGGCAAGAGAGUUCUAUAUCGAGAACGUACUGAGAGGAAAGGCCGCCGAGAAAAAGGUAAAGAAACUUAUCGCGGAUUCAGACGUAGAGGGUUUCGGCGCGCGGACGAGUGCUUAG